UGCUUUUGUUUUUGUGCCCUUAAGUAACAGCUCUGAAGGCCGUUUUCUCCUUUUUCCUUGCUUUACUGGUCGAGUUCUUGAGCUUUAAAGCAAGGAGAAUAUCAUUAAAAUCUUUUCCCUUCUUUGCUUCGGUUGAAGUAAUCGAAUUCUGGUGUUGAGCGACAGUUUCUUCUGUUGAACAGUAGUUCUCAUCUGGGUUUUGCUUGUUGUUUGAUUGGUUUUUGGUGUUUUUUCGAAGAGGCGCUUAUGGUUUAUGUUAUAGAGAAGAAGGUAAGUGGGAGGAAACUAGAGGAAGAAGAUGAACAAGAGUAACCUGGGAUCCGUCAGCAGCUCCGAUCUCAUCGAUGCGAAGCUCGAGGAGCAUCAGCUGUGCGGAUCCAAGCACUGCCCUGGUUGCGGUCACAAGCUCGAAGGGAAGCCGGACUGGUUAGGUUUACCUGCUGGAGUUAAAUUUGAUCCCACAGACCAAGAACUAAUAGAACACCUUGAAGCUAAAGUCGAAGCCAAAGACAUGAAAUCUCACCCUUUGAUCGAUGAAUUCAUCCCCACCAUUGAAGGAGAAGAUGGUAUUUGUUAUACCCAUCCUGAGAAACUCCCAGGAGUAAGCACAGAUGGAUUGAGCAGGCAUUUCUUCCACAGACCGUCGAAGGCCUACACCACCGGGACACGAAAGCGGAGGAAAAUUCAAACGGAAUGCGACUUACAGGGCGGAGAAACGAGGUGGCAUAAAACCGGCAAGACGAGGCCGGUGAUGGUGAACGGAAAGCAGAAAGGGUGCAAGAAGAUCCUGGUUCUCUACACCAAUUUCGGUAAGAAUCGGAAACCCGAGAAGACGAAUUGGGUGAUGCAUCAAUACCAUCUGGGUCAGCACGAAGAAGAGAAAGAAGGAGAGCUCGUUGUGUCCAAGAUAUUUUAUCAGACUCAACCGAGGCAAUGCAACUGGUCGGAUCGAACCGUAACGACGACGACGACAACGACCGUCGAUGCAACCAAUGCCGUUGCCAGUGAUCCGAAUAGCAGAAGAGAUAGUGGCAGCGGGAGCUGUUCUUCAUCAAAGGAAGUAAUCCCUCUUAGAGAUGACCUCGCCGGUUCUUCUGCCGGUGUCACCGCCGCUUUAUCGAGUUAUGCCGCUGGUUCCGCCAUGGAUAUCCAACAGUUAAAGUCCGACCAUUUCGGUUUCACCCCAUUUACAAAAAGCUUCGACGAGGUGGGGAUCGGAGAAGCUUCGGCCGCAAGGGAAGCUCCGACUCAAGGCUCUUGUGAAGAGAUACCGGACCAUCUCCGGCCACAUCAUAUGACUCAGGAUCAUCAUCAGCAACAUCUACACCAACAACACCACACGCAUCACCACAUGGCUACGAUGGCCUUCCACACUAGUAGGCCGUCGCAUCCCAUCGCCACCAUUAUCUCCCCACCUCCCCUCCACCACACCUCCAUCAUUCUAGACGACGAUUCCUUCCAUGUCUCCAGAAUAAUGCUUCAAAACGAGAAUUUUCAGCAGCGGCAGCAGCAUCAACAACAACAGCAACAGCAGCAUUAUAAACUGGGAGGAAGAUCUGCAUCAGGCUUGGAGGAACUGAUAAUGGGUUGCACUUCAUCAUCAGAUAAUAAAGAUGAGUCAUCCAUUACAAACCCACAUGAAGCUGAAUGGUUGAAGUACUCUUCCUUCUGGCCUGACCCUGACAACCAGGAUCAUCAUGGGUAGAAGUCAAAAAAGGAAAAAUUAAUGACAAAACGAAGGAAAUUCCUUACGGAUAUCAUUAUUAGUAUACUUGAAGCCCUAGCUCUGGUCAAGUUCUUUUCAAGGAGAAAGGCCAAAGGAAAAAUAAACCAUCAAUUACUAUAGUUUUUUUUCUCUCUUUUUUUUAUUCUAAUGGGGGAGGACCAGAGGGACCUGGUUUAUAUGACUUUCAAAGUCUCAAAUGAACUAACUGUAAAACAGUCCAUGUUGGAAAGAGAGAAAGUACAAAAGAAAAAAAGGAGAAAGUAAAAGAAAAGGGGGGGGGGGAACCCUUCCCUGCAUGAAAAUCACCACCAUUAUGAUGACACAAUAUCAUGUUUGUAUGUCUAUUCUUAUUAUUUUAUUGUUUCAAGACUCUUUGUAUAAUUUCUUUCCCUAUGUUCUUUUUCAAACAGA